UUUUUUUUAUUUCUUUUAUUUUUAUGUUGGUUUAUGUUCAAAUUAAUCAUUUUUUUCUCUUAAAGUUGGUUGGAGUUUUCAUUCCAACCAACCUAACGAUGGACAUAUAGUCAGUGAAUUUGAACUUACACGUACAUAAACUUAUUUUAAUAGAUUCAUAUUUACUUGUAUUAUCCAUUUCAACGUAUCAAAAUAAGUUUUCUUCUAAGCUAUUAGUUUUUUUUAUUGUAUUCUGAAUAAUUUAUGUGAAUAUAAUCUAUUUUAGAAAACCCUUCAAUUUUUAUUGAUUAGUUUAUUAACUAAUUUUAUCAAACAGUUUUCAAUUCAAUUAUAUAAGUUGUAAUUAUUCCAUUUCUAACUUAUAUUUAAGUUCUAACUAGUUUAUAAGCUUUCAACUUAUUUUAUCUGACUGUACUUAAGGUAUAUUUGGUAAACACUUCAACUUAUAAAUUAUAUUAAAAUUAACUUCAAUUAAUUAAGUUAAUGGAUCAUAAACACCAAUAGAGAUAAUUUCUAGCAGCUGGCGUUUCUUGUCCACUGAAGUGAAAGUUAGGGUUUCAAAUUUUAACCAAACAAGCUAUAGAAAAUAUGUAUUACGAAAUGAUUUUGGUAAAGUGGCUUAAAAUGAUAAAAAGGAAAAGAAAAUAAAAAACAUAUUAUUUUAUUUGCAGAAUUUGAAGGAGGAAGGUAUACAUUUCCAAAUCACGUUAUAAUUUUAUCUUUAUUGAAUGGGUCCGAAUAGGCAUUAUCUAAUUCCACAGUAACGCGAAACUGAAAGAGUAAUUUCAAACAGCAACUUUCUGGAUAAAUGUUAGAUUUGAAUUAUGAAGAUAGACAUUUGAAAAAUAAGGUUUGGAUUAUUUGGUGUAUGAGAAAAAGCAUAAGUCAAGGGGAUUACGCAACAAUUAACGUAGAAAAUACAAUUCAUAGGAAAGGUUUCUAGAAUGGGAAAAUAUUACCAUAUAAUUUUCAACUAAAAAUGUAUUCACGUGCAACUUGUUGCUGCUGAUUGAAACUUUUAGAUGCUGCCACCUCAGAAACUUUCAUAACCAUAAAGAAAAUAUAUUAAUUUUACGGAUCGAAAACAUUAAUAUGCCAAUUAAAUUGGGCUAAUAGUUAUACAAUUCACGUUACAGGGUAUUACAUUUCUCCUAUAUACAAUCCAUUGUCUUUAUUUCAUAGAUUUGUAUGACAAAGCAUCAUAAAUUAAUUAAAUUGUUAUAAAAAAAUAUGAAAUAGUAUAAUUAAGAAAUAGUUUUAAAUAAACAAAUUUGAUUAAAUGAUAAUUUAGAACACAUUUUUGUUUUCUAAAUUAAAAAAUAUAUAUACAACUUCGGGGUCCAACCCUCAAUUUCGAACAUGUUUCUUUAUUUGAUCUUUUAUAUCUUAAUUAAUUAAACUAAUCUGGGGAUGUUUUAAGUGAAUGUUAGGUCCAAGAUAAAAUUGAACUAGAACGAAAGAAAUAAACUUAUGCAAAAUUAAGAUUUAACUAAAAUUAUUAAUUUUCUAAAAUGAAAGGAUUUAAAUGACAAAAAAAUAGAAAAACGAAAAUAGAUAAUAAAUUGUCAAAAGAAGAUAUUUAUUGAGAUGCAAACUAAUUAAUCAUAAAACAUUGAAGGUAAAAAACAAAUUAUAAAAAAUUUAACGAUAAAAAAAAAUUCUAAUUUUUCUAAGAAAAAUACUAAAAUAAAUGAAUAAAUAAAAUAUAAGACCAAAAAGUAUAUUUUAAAAAACAAUUCGAAAUUACAUAAAUUAUUUCUAUUUUUAUUUAUUUGUAGAAUGAAUAUGUGUAAUAAAACUUGAUACUAAACUUUUUCACAUAUAUGUAAGUACUUGAAGAUAAUUGUCGCCACAGUUAGAGAGGACAAUUCCAUUUUAAUUAAUGCAUAUAAUGCAAAAAAAAUACAUAUACACAGUGAUAUAUUAAUGCAAUUGUACUAUACAAAUAUAAUAUCAAUAAUUAAUAAUAAUGAAUGAAAGAAUGAAAUGAAUUUUUCAAAUCUCGAAAAUCAACUUAAUGGAAGGAAUUAAAUGGUUUUAGUAACUAUCAGCAAUUUUGGUAACUGAAGGAGACGAUUUGAAUUCCGAAAGCAUCAAAAUCGGAGCCCUAAAACGUGUAACACAACUUCCGACCCGAAUCCAGACAAAACCGAAGCAUGUAAGAUUGAAGCUGAAGAACGGGAUUCAGAAAAAACCAAGAAAGAAUCCAAACCUCGAUGGCGAUCAUGACGAGGAAGCGACGGCGCAUGAUGGUGGAAGCGGCGGCAGCGGUGACGGUUACGGCCGUCCUGCCGGAGGAUCUGAUGAUCGAGAUCUUGGCUAGGGUUAGGGUUAGCAACCCCUUGCAACUGAGGUGCGUGUGCAAGCGAUGGAAAUCGUUGGUGGUGGAUCCCCAAUUCGUGAAGAAGCACCUCCAGAAAUCGUUCUCGGACAUCACGGAUCUCGCCUCCAAAGCGAUGGAGGACAUGAACGCGUUUCAAUUGCAGCUCAAUUACGCCCCUGCAUUGGCCGAGCAACCACAAGAAGAGGAAGAAGGUGAGGAAGGAGAAGAGGAGGAGGAAGACGAAGAAGACGCACAUUCUUUGGUGAAUGAGUUGGCUCAGUUGGAUAACAUGUUGGUGGUGGUUCGUUCUCUCAAAGGGAGCUUGGAAACGAUCAAGUUUGAUGUGCAAGCCAUCAAGGAGAGAGUUAAGUGUCUUCAGAGUUUUCUUCAAAUUUAUCUCAAGACAAGAGCUUCUUCUUCUUCUUCUUCAUCAUCAUCAUCAUUUUCUUCUUCUCCCUCUUCUUCUAAUUCACACUCUAUCUGAUUCUCCUUUUCUUUUUUGUUUUAGUUUUCUCAAUUUUGCAACUGUUGAUCUAUAAAUAACUUCACAGGGUUGCCUUUUCUUUUCUUUUUUUUUUGAAAGAAAAAGAGUGAUUUGAAAUGACGAAGGAAGUAAUGUGGGAGUAAAUUAUUUGGGGGGUUUGGUGCCAUUGUUUGUGUUGAGAGAUGGGUCAUGUGGAAUUAAUCUUUUUUAUUUGUUCAUGUGCUUAGUUAGUUGAAUGUGAAGAACAGAACAAGAUUGCUUC